UUCUGCUCCGUUGACCGGGAAAACAUUUGAAUGAAGUGGGGGACCAAUGGCCCAAAGUUUUGUUUUUUAAGCCAACAAGUAGGCAGGCGCAGCUUGGCACCUCGCCUGGGAUUUGAAAACUAUGUGGCAUGGUUUUGAUAGUUUCUGGCUGUUAUCUCUAUGCCGAUAACAAACGCAUUUUGCUCUCGCGCUUAUUAGCUGCUCCCAGUGACCGAUUGAAUGCACUGCCUCAACCGUUGCUCUAUUAUAUAGCUUUGGGAUUGGCCAUAGCAGGAUUUGUGGCCGUUUUGGCCUCGGUGGUUGGCUUUUGGGCCAGUUGCCUGCAUACGUAUUGCUUCCUAAGCAUCUAUUUUUUGAGUGUUGUGAUCCUGCUGCUGGCCGAAUCGGUCAUCUGUCUGGCCAUCACUUUGUGGCCCCAUUGCCUGGGCAUUAGCCUGGACGAGAAGCAAAUGGUAAAGGCUCUGCAGGGUAAUUAUGGUGUGCCUGGCCAGGAGCAGUUUACCAAUGCCAUGGAUUUGGCCCAAUCACGUUUUGGCUGCUGUGGCAUGAGAAGCUCCCUGGACUACGACACCUCCAUGUGGAGUCUGCAGAGCUAUGGUCAAAGGAAUUGGCCAGUGCCCCUCAGUUGUUGUGUCCUGGAGAAUGCAGUCGAGCCAUUGGCUUACCUAGAUCCAAAGCCAGUCAAUGAAACCCAAUGUCAAGCUCUGGAACGAUCUUCCUAUGAAAGGGAACGAUACACGGAUUCUUGUUUGCCCCAUUUGGACGGUUGGUAUCGCGAGCAAUAUGGUGUGUUCCUGGCUGCCAGCCUAAUCAUGGCUCUGGUGGAGUUCUCUGUGUUAUUGGGCAUUAUUUUAAGCUGCACUGGUUUGGCUUCCCAGAGAGCCCGCCUCGCGGAUGGAGCAGCAGGUGUUCCCAAGCGGCGACGUUCCCCACAAAAAGUAAAGUCACGUCAGGCUCUGGUGGAGAAUAUCUAUGAGCCUGAGGUUCAGCUAAGGACCAACAAUGGCGGACUAAUGUGCAUUGGUGGUAACGGUGCCAGCAGGCAUGUGAGCAGUGAGGAUUUCAAAGAGCUCUAUGUCCAACCCCGGGAUCUUUAUAAGCAGCGACAUAAUACCACAUUCAAGCCAAUAGCCAGCGAUUAUCAGAUACCCACGCGAACCUAUUUGGUUUAACUAAAAAUGGCCACACCAAAGUAUUAAAUUUUGCUUCACAUUUAAAAAAUAAUUAACUUAAUUGUAAGUAUUUUAGCAAGUAUUCACAGUGAUUCAAACUUAAGUUAAAAAACGAAUAAACUAAGCGAAAAAAAUAUUGUACAAACAAAAUAAAAAACACAAUCAAUAUAAA